UGUACAAACCCAUCAAACUCUACCCAUAUCCAUCUAUUUGGAUUUCAUACCCAACCCAAUUGAGUUGGAUAGUAAGAAACUCAUGGGUAUGGGCAAAGUUGUCAUCCCUAAUCCCAAGGAGAUCUCCUCUUCCUGACACCAACGGUACUUUGUGUCGGGCGACCUACUCCCUGUCCCGUCAUAAGGUGGCCGCCUGCCAUUCUCCUUUCCCCAUGUCCACUCUUGGGCCUCUCGCUGUGGCUCGGGCCCUUUUCUGGGCCCCGCCCGGUUAUCUUCCUAUGGGCUUUAAGCUCAACACUGCUCAACUAUGGGCCCAACACCUUCUAUCCAAACACACUCUAAAAUCUUUUCAUAUACUCUUCCCUCCCUCGAUGGUUGUCAACUUGUUUUGUUGGUGGAAUGUCGGCCGAUUGAAUAUGGUACAAAUGGUGUCUGUCAUGAAAUCAAGUUCAAUUGCCCGGCAUUUCAUCAGCUGGAAUACUAUCGGUAUUACUGUAUUCGGUAUAAUUGAUUUCCAAUCUCUAGAGUUGAAUAUUGAUGUUAUUGUAGAAUUCAAAUACAAAUAUCAUAUGUUAAUUUUGUUUUGUUCGACUGACAUAACCUUGCCAGCCUCCCUUCGAAGAUUGAACCCAAAAAAAGACCUAAACCAAAACAGAACAAAUCCUCCUUCCCCUGCCUCCCAGCGACCGUGCGACGUUCCCUCCCCGACCACUGCCACCACGACGGCGAGUUUUCAGCAUAGAGAACAAUCAGAAGGAGCCAAGAUCUUCGCUAAAUCCCAGCAAUGGCAGACUCCAUGGUUCAAGAAAUUUUGGAGAAGCAAGUGCUGUCGGUAGUCAAGGCCGUGGAGGACCAGCUCGACGAUGAGAUCGCGGCGCUCGACAAGCUUGACGAAGACGAUCUGGAGGUGCUGAGAGAGAGGAGAUUGCAGCAGAUGAAGAAAAUGGCCGAGAAGCGUAGGCGCUGGAUCUCUCUGGGCCACGGCGAGUACACCGAGAUCCACGCCGAGAAGGAGUUCUUCUCCGUCGUCAAAGCCAGCGACCGCGUCGUCUGCCAUUUUUAUCGUGAGAAUUGGCCUUGCAAGGUGAUGGACAAGCAUCUAGCUGAACUCGCGAAGCAGCACAUAGAGACGCGAUUUGUGAAGAUUCAAGCUGAGAAAAGUCCCUUCUUGGCUGAUAAACUCAAGAUUGUGGUUCUUCCUACUCUUGCGCUCAUAAAGAAAGCCAAAGUUGACGAUUACGUGGUUGGUUUUGAUCAGCUCGGUGGGACUGAUGAUUUUAGCACGGAUGUUUUGGAGGAGAGGCUGGCUAAAGCUCAAGUCAUCUUUUACGAGGGCGAAUCUUCUCUGCCAAAGUCUACAAACCAAACAAAGAGGAGCGUUAGACAGAGUGAAACUCAGGACUCAUCAGACUCGGAAUGAGACCAAAAAAAAAAAAAAAAAAAAAAACCCCUCACUUUUUGGUGCCCAUCUGAUAUUUCACUUGCUGCUCUGCUAUUUUGUUAUAUGCCAAUGAUGGUGAUAUCGACUUCAACUUGUAGGAGAGUUGAGAGUUGUGCUGUUAUGUGUUCUUACUCCAUUUCUUAUAUGUUUUUCGUUGGUAAUGUCAACUUUCAAGGAUGGACUAAUGGUGUACUGACUAAGUUAGUAAAGCGGGUUUCAAAUCUAUUUGGUUUUCUUAUGUUGUGAUUUAUUAUGGAUCUAUCCUUUGUUUGUUUGUUACCCUUGCAAGAGAAAACAAAGGCACACACCUUAUCUGCACCUGUUUCUAUCUUGUACAUUGAAAGAAAAAUACGUCAAGCUUUGUAGGCCACUUUCUGUGUAAACUUGACAGGUGGUCUGCCAUGCGGCACAAGAGCCGAACCGUAGCAGGGAUUCUUCAAGAAGAUGGUUCAAAGCUUCUACUACCAGAGAAGGCUUGGUCUGCAGGAAACUGAGGUACUCUACUUUCUUCAUCACUUUCUCCUUUUUGUGUCAGCUACUUCACAUUCCCCUGCACAGAACCCACCAACCAAUUUCUGCACCACCUCCCUUUCCAUGAAGUUGGGGCAACAAAGCAACAUGGCGGUGGGACGUAAAUCCCAUGGCCUACUUGUUGCCCUCUUGGUGGUACUGCUAGUCUUUAACCAGAAAUGUCUUGGCCAGCAGGAAAGCCAACUGGGAUGUGGUACCUCCAGGCUGUCUGAACUGCACAAUCUGCCCUUAUGCCUGCCACCCUCUCAACCCGCCACCGCCUCCUCCAGCACUUCCAGACUACCCGCCGCCGCCAACGGUGCUGCCUUAUCCUUCAGAUGCUGUUCCACCACCACCGUCAUUGAAUUGCACAACCGUGCCGGUUCCGUGCUGUCAGUAUCCUACUACUACUAAUACUAUCACCCCUCCCGUUGGGUAUGGGUACCAGCCUGUUGAUAAUUACUCUGCUGCUCUCUCACCUGUCCGCUUCAUUUCGGGGAUGGUAUUGCUGCUCUCCAUUGUUGCUCUGCUGUAGCUUUUUCAAAGCUGCUAUAUGUUCUCUCCAGCUAAUAAAGGCUUCCGGAAUCCAGAGGGAGCGCACAGAGCUGUUUCCAAUGCGUAUAUGUUCUGCUGUCAGUGGAGGAUUUUUCUAUCUUUGAAGGGUUUUCCGUUUGUGGUGAAAUUGUAUAGUAGGAAUAUCUAUCAUAGUGUUUAACCUGAAUGAAUCCGACAACUUUUUCUGCUUUUUCUCCAUUUUGAACAUGGUUUUUACCGAUUUUGGCUAACGCUUUUCACAUUAAUGAUAUUUCAUCAAAUUUUUGUCUAAUACCGAUUAAACCUGGCCAGGGGCGGGGGGAGAGGGUUAGAAGGUGGGUUCCCGGAUCCACCCUGACGCAGAGGGGAAAUGAUAAAUUAGGUAUAAAUUACAAUAAUUAAU